GUUUGUUCGUUCAUUCAUUCUUUACAUUUCUACAAUUCGCGCAUUUCUCACCUUUAACUACAAAGAAAAAUAAAAAGUUCUCUCCUCAUUGGUCCCCCUCAACUUAACCCAACAAGGAGGGAAACGACUAACUGAAAACAACAAUCAUUAACACUCAUACACCCCCUUGCCUCUCUGACCCCCCCUCCCCUCCUUCCGUUCUUUCAAAUGGCACCUCCAAAAAAGGCCUUGGCUGCCAAAGCCGCCACUGCCGCUGACGCUGCCAGCUUUUUCCAACGCGGUAAAAAGCCGACUACCGCUCAACGAAUUAUCGCCAACAAGAAGCCAUCGGCCUCUCCUUCUUCAGCAAAGACACCUACCACAGCCGCUGCUUCACUUCAGAAGCAAGAGCAAUCCUCUCCAACAGAUGAGGAUGAUAUUAAAAGCUCUUCCAGCUCUGAUAUUGAUUACAAUGAUGACAGCAACAAUAAGGUUGAUGAGAUUGAUGAUUCGUGGAGUGAUGGUAAUGAUGAUACUGACGUGCUCCAACCCCCUGCUACAAAACUAAAGUCUGGACCAACCCCUUCUACAACUUCAACCUUAACGUCGCCCGUCCCACCAUAUAAACUCUUCACGGAGAUCAAGGACCUUCCUCCUUCCUCUACUCGAAGGGCCAAGGCCAAGACUGUGCUGUCCAUUGAGACUAAAGAAGGAAUUCACCAGGAUGAUGUCUCUGCCGUGGAGAAAACUCUUCGUCAGUUUGACCUUGCAUCCAAGUAUGGUCCAUGUAUCGACUUGACUCGUCUUGAGCGUUGGGAACGUGCUUACAAACUGGGUUUGGACCCUCCUCAGAGCGUCAAGGGGUUGCUCUUGGCGCAUAAAGACAUGAGUGAAUCAGUGUUUGCUGGUUAUGCGCAAUUAAAAGAUCUCUAG